UUGACAACUACGCACCCAUACAUGAUAAGUGAAACAAACACACCCACCAACCCACUGUUGGACGAAAUAACUACUAAUAAAGAUACACCUAAUUCAUCAUCUCCACCCCCAUUUAAAAGAAAUACAGACACUCAAUUAGGAAUCACUGUUCAUAAU